AUGUUGGCGGGGCCGCCGACCGGCGUGCUGCGGCCACCCGUGGCUAUCGGGGAACUGGAGGAGGAUGACUUCCAGGAGGUCUUUGGACCAUCCACGUCCCCGAACAAAAGCUUCCGAAGCGGGGGUGGUGGUUGGAGCUUCCCGGCUGUGCAGUCGGACGAGGCCCAGUAUUCAGGCUGGGGCGUUCCUCCCUCCACUUCGCAUUACAGCGCAAGAGAGGACGACUACAUGCCUGAAGGACGAAGACUUGCAGACCCGGAGCCUCGGAACGGUUGGGGCCUGCCCGACGACUUGGACGCAGGCCCAGCUGCCUCUCGCGCACCGCGGAGCACCGCGCGGGAGGCGCUGCAGGUUGCGCCGGCGCUGUCCGUCCAGGGGCAGGAUCACCGGCUUGCAGAGCCUGUGCCACCUUCACCAGCCGACCACCGUGUACGGUUGCAAGCGGGACAUCCGGCGGACGCCCAAGCGCUCCCUGCGACGGACCAGGCUCAGAACGGCUUGGCUCCGCUUCCGGCGAGGAGGCUGGUUACGCGAUAUGCGCAGCCAACAAUCUCUGUGGCGGCCGCGCCGUCUGCCCCGGCCGUGUGCCGCCUGCCAGCUGCCGGGGCUGCGUCCGCAGCCCCUGUCGUUCCCUGGUGGCCCUCCGCCGGCUCGUCACUGCUGCCGACACCAGUGCAGGCAGUGCAACACCAGCUGAUGCCAGCUUAUUUGCCGCAGGCGCCGGCAUCAGACAACCUCAGCCGUCCAUGUGGACAGCUCCGGGGGCAGGCCCCCAUGGCUUUAGCAGAGCGCUAUGUGGCCAGCUGCCCGCGCCCGUCAGCUAUGACAGCGCAGAUUUCUUAUCCAGCAGGCUGCAAUGUCAAUGUUCAGGAGCUUUCCACCUCCGUCGGCCUCAGCUCUGGCGUGCAGCGGAGGCAUCUUGCGCAGCAGAUCGAGAGCGGUGAUAUUCUGAGGAACACUUUAGAAAUCUACCGUGCCUGCGACAGAAGCGCAUCGGGCAAUCUGCAAUGGGCAAAUGGUGAGAUCCAGGAGUUCAUCUCGCUGGUUUUCCAGCAGCACGGCUUGCCGCCCCCGAGCCCGACGGACAUGUACCAACUCUUCCUCCGCUUUGAUGAGGACAGAAACAGUGUACUGGACGCCCGGGAGUGCGUUUGCAUGGUGGAUGCACUGCCUAGUGGUUUCGUGCCGGCGCUGCCAUCUAAUUUGUCAGUUCCAUCGACACGACCAGUUCUUUCUCGCGGUCCCAGCGUCGUCGUGUCAACCGAAGGCCGGCCGCGCACGCCUUCUCCUCGCUUCCUGGAUCCGCAGGGCUACGCUCCCAGCCGCUUAAACCCGGUGACGCUUCAAGCCAGCUCUGUGCCGGUUCUGCAGCCACGGCCCGGGCAGGCCCCAGGUGUCUCGCUGAGACCGGCCGCACAGUCGAUCAGAUCCAUGCCCAUGAUGCCACAGUCUAUGCCCGUGAUGCCCAACUCGGUUCCCCAAGACGGGGAAGAGGAUCACCUACUGAUCCCCCACCGGAUCGAGGACAUGGGCGAUGGUGUGUCGCGCCGCCCUCCUCAGAACCAGCAGAAGCCCCCCGCCUGGCAUGCCAUCGAGGAGCGCCCGCACUUGCUGGAAGUGGAGCUCCAGGAGUUGGAGCUGCACCCGGACGCACCGGACCUUCAACCAGGGAUGUUCGAGUCGCUCAAGUACUUCGUCUCUCUGCAUCCCCGCUCCGAGGAGCCCGACCACAUUCCACUCCCUCGUGAUGCACCGCUGCAGACAGUGGAUGGUCACUACAUCGUGUCGCAGGCGCAGAGAGCUGCCAAGCCCGGUCUGCAGGUCGGCAUUUUUGCUGGGGACGAUGACGAAAGACCCAGCCAGAAUCCUGUGGUCACGUUCGAGGAGCCAUUCUCGUUGCGAAUGGAGAAGCUGGAUCAUCAUCUGGUGGCUUAUGUGUGGGCAACGAAGGGUACGCUUCUCGCCACUCCUGUGACCACGCUCGUUGGGCGGGCGCUGGCGCCACUGCAGGAGUACCAACUUCAGAGAAGACCUACCACCUGGGGCAUCUUCGACAUCCUUCAAGGCCAUCGCGUGGCGGAGAUGAGACUGAAGUACCACGUCUGCACCACCCCAGCUGCUGUAACCGACCUGGCGAUGGCGGACGUGAAGCAGACUGAGGUGACAGUCAAGUGGUCGCCUCCAAAGAACGAUCACGGAGCACCCGUCAUCGGAUACAAGAUCUCCAUACUGCUGGACCCGCAGCCGAACGAACUGCCGGAGUGGUACACGCUCUGCGAAUGCACGAAAUCGCUGAACCCAUUGUACGUCGUUGCGAACCUCAGGGGCAAUACGGCGUAUCUCCUGGAUGUGCGUGCUGUGAACAAAGUCGGCGCCGGAGACGCUGGGGAGUUUGAGAUCGUGACGGCACCGAUUCCUCCGGAUCCACCGAGCAAGCCCUGGAUCGAGGAGGCACGGGACGGAUGCCUCAACGUCGCCUGGACACCUCCUCGUGGGGAUGGUGGGAUGCCGAUCACCGCUUACAGGACCCCGGGGGCCGAAGAGGGGAGUGCGUGGACUUGGCAGAGUGUUGAAGAUGUGAGAAGUCUCUGGUUUACUGGCCUACGCCCCGACAGGAACCCCUUCGGACCAGGAGAAGCAGCUGCGAGCUGGGUGGAGAUGCCUGACUGUAUUGCCAUCAAGCUCAAGGUCUUCAAAAGCCAAGAGGAUGCCUCCAUGUACAACGCCUGGGUAGGGCCUUUGGAGCUCGGCGCCUGUGAAUACCGCUUCCAGGUAACGGCUUUGAAUAAGUUGGGCGAAAGCAAGGCCUGCCGCUGCACCUCUGCUUUGCUGGUGAGCUUGACAUCACGUAGCGAGCAAACUUGGCAGGUUCUGCGGGUGUCGAGUUUGCUUGCACCUGCUUUCCAUGGAGGCUUCAGAGAUGAGCGACCCGCACUACACCUGAUUGGCUGCCAAGUGUCCCGGUGUGUUUGGAGCUUCGACAUGGGGCUCAAGCGCCCGUCGCUGAGGGUCUGGGAGCUGCUGGGUCCAAAAGCUGCUAGCGUCAGCAGGAGUCUCCCAAAGUUUGGAGAGUCCAGUCAUGUGAUGCGUGGUGCCCACCUCACCAAAGUGUGA